AUGGUAUCUCUCGAAUACGAUACUACGUCGUAUUCAAUGGAAGAGCUGAAUGCUACAAGAUCUUUCGAUGAGGAAGAAGCCACAACUGGCAAAGGAUCUGCCAGUGUGGUUGCUCUCUCAACCGUAGCUCAAACGCGCGGCUCAGGUGCCGACACAGAAUGUUCAGUUAGAAUCCCUCGUGUCUUCAAUGGUUAUGAAACAUGCGAAUUUUCCACACAUUUCCCUGAGCAAUGGAGCAAUUAUGUUGACUCAUUGACCUAUGUUUCCAUGAUCGUUGCACUCAAUGAAACAUUGCGACAAGCCGCAAACCCUGUAUAUGGGCUGAUUGAUAACAUCCUGGCACAACUAACUUUUCAACUAUGGCCCUUCUUGAUGGGAACAUAUUACACAAGGAGCAUGAAGAAGUUCAACCUCCAAAUUCAAGAUUUCGAACGACUAAUAUUGCAUCCUAUGGGCCUGGUGCUAAUCCCAUUGGAAGAAACAGCUUAUUUGUAUAUAGAUUGUGUCCCUCAUCCCCGGUAA